GGGGAUUUACGGCUGAACUGUCAUAUAUCGAUGAACGUGCACUAUCAUCGGGGCUUGGUACACAAGAAGGUAGUAUAAUGAGGGGCUUGGCUCGGUAGAAAGCUUACGAAUGUAACCAAUCAAGCUUCACACAUGUAAGCUAUUAUUAUGCAAUCAAAGGCUAUUAUUAUUUAAGGACACAGUCAUUCAGAGAUCAUUGCAAACAUACCAGGGAACAAGCCAAAAGUAUUUUCCCACCACGCUCAGAUAUUGCAGGCCUCAAAACAACAUCGUGCAAGCGGGAAGCUCUAGUGGAUCAAGAUGAGACUUCCACACCUGACUUGUAGUCUAGCACUGAUUCUACUGUGUGUGUCCCUGCAUCACAACGUCCAGGAAGUCCAGGCUAGUUGGGCAGCGUUGGGUAAGGUUGCGUUUGCCGUUGGAAGUCUGUCAGCAGGAAGUCUUUCAAUCGCGUCAUGGUAUACUGAAGGUUGUAUCUACUACCCAUCAAUAUGUGAGCUCCAGGAUGACAUCCCUCAAUUGGAGGCUGAAGCCACGGCCUUAACGGAAGAGCUCUCGGCUGAUGCGAAUAAUCUGAAGGCGCUUUACGAAUCCAAUGUUGAUCUCUAUAACAUUAUCUACCAAGCCAGUGUGAAGAAUGAACGAAUCAUUGGCAACCUGGAAAAUAUUGAAAAAUACUCUUAUGAUAUCCUUGAGAUUCUCCAGUAUAUCUCAAACGUGGAUUUACCCACGCUUGACUCGACUGCCAUUGAUGAGAAUAAAGAUAACAUCGAUGAGCAGUUAGCCGUUAUAGAAACUCACAUUGCGGAUAUUGAAGAAGCAGCCAGAUAUAAAAAGAUCAGGGAUGGAGUGGUUAGGAUAUCGUCUUUAUCAGGAACAGGACUCUAUUAUGGGUAUCAAUUGUAUAGCUACUACAAGACCGUAUAUGCCACUAAUCCGAAAGCUGUGAGAGUACAGGCACCUAGGAUGUCUAUAAUGACUGCCACUGGGUUGAGACAAAGGGUUGAUGGGAUGGCUUUAUUCAUGGCUAACAACCCAAGGUUUACAAAAGCCAUGACAGCUUCACUUUAUGGCAUCAGUGCCUUCAUGUCAGGUUUAGGAAUAGGAUUGGACAUCAAGAAUGCUAACGAUUUCCGGAAAAAACUUGAAGAAGUCUCAGCUGAUCUGAAAAACAUUAUCAAUGACUACAAUGCUAACAAGGCUAAACUCGAUGAACUUAUAGAGGAGCAAGAAACCAUUCAAACUGAGAGCGAGGCGGAAUUUGAAAACGUUAAAACGACAUUCCUGGAGAACACAGCAUACUUAGAAGCUCUCCGCUCGUCUAGUUCAGCAAGCCAGGAUGCAGAUCUACAGAGUGUUCCCGUAUUUACAACUGACAAUAUCGACCAAUAUAACAUCAUUUCUAAUCAGAACUUGUACCUUGAUUUCUUGAUUCUCGAAGUUGAGACGUACAAGGGUUUGUAUAACAGAGUCAACAUGGUAUCGUUCAUCUCAGAAUAUGUAAAGCACCCCAUCCAAGAACAGUACCCUACCGUUCUUUCGAUUUUAGUUAUUGCAGCCAAGUCCUUGGAUGAGACUGCCACUCGGGACAUUGUUCUUUACUCCAUUGCAGAUGCCUUGCCCGACAGAGCUAGUUGGCCUGAUAUGGAUCUUACUACACAGGCCACGUCCAGCGUUACUCUAGCUCCAUAUAGAGGCGUGGUGUAAACUAAACACGAGCGGCAUUGGACAUUUUCACAUCAUAUUUUGUGAAGUAAAGUACAGAUGAGCAUAUUCGUGAAUUGUAACUCUUGGAAGUUUAAUAUUUAAAACAAAAAUAUGUGUAAUUUUAUUUCCACAAACUAGCAAGUAGUCUCAAAAAUUAAUAUUGAGAUCAUGAUGAUUCAUUUAGAUAUUAUGUUAGUUAAAAUUGUAAAUGACUUUAAGCAUUGCUGCAAAGUUUGCAUUAUAUCCAGUAUCUGAAAAUUUCGAAGAAAAUUCUAAGUAAUUGUCCAUAUUAAAUAAAGAGUAAUAAACAUAAUAUUGAUAAUAGAUAACUGUUAUGAAGUUUCAAGAGAUCAAAUCGUCCAGAUUUCUAUUCUGGACA